GUCAGUUUCAGAAUUUCUUGUUUUUCUGAUUCUGAUGAUAGCAAAAUCCAUAGCUAAACUAAACAUUGAAAGAAAAGGGAGGAAAUGUUAACAGCACCUUCACUUUCCCGCUUUAAGUCUCCAUUUAUCAGCUCACCUCUUAAGCUUCCUACUCUUUCUUCUUCUUUUUUCACUCAGAAAUUUCAUCAAACAUGUCGUAGGCGAAAUUCGUACCCAUGUAUUAAAGCUGUGGAUCUUGAUCAAAACACGGUGAUAGCAAUUACAGUUGGGGUGCUCAGUGUUGCUAUUGGAGUUGGAAUUCCAGUUUUUUAUGAGACCCAAAUUGAUAAUGCUGCAAAAAGAGAGAACACUCAGCCCUGCUUCCCCUGCACUGGCACUGGUGCUCAGAAAUGCAGAUUUUGCAUGGGUACUGGCAGUGUGACGGUGGAGCUUGGAGGGGGUGAGACAGAAGUCUCUCGGUGCAUCAAUUGUGACGGUGCUGGUGGUUUGACUUGCACAACAUGUCAAGGCAGUGGCAUUCAACCUCGGUACCUUGAUCGCAGGGAAUUCAAGGACGAUGAUUAGAUAUGGAAGAAUACUCAGCAUGGAUGCCACAACUUGUUUAUUGUCUAGAAGACCUGUCAUUUUGACCUGAAUAUAUUGACACAAAAUUGUGUAAAAUUCAUUUAUGUUCAUCCCCUCUCUCUGCCUUUCUCAGUUUUCACAUAUUCCUUUCACCUUCUGUUCUUACAUGUAAUCUUUAACAAGUUGAGCAAUACAUGAUUUCAAUACCAGCUUUGUCCAAUUGCUAGAUGUUGUAAAUGAAAUUGAGCACCUGUGUGUAUUGCAUUUUAAAAAA